AUAACCAUAGAGUGACGCGUAACGUGAGUCACAGUAGUGCACGAGUCUCUGUGCAGUUCUGUAUUUCGUGACACUUUCUCCGGUAGAAGUUUUCUAUUAACCAGGGAUACCAACAUGUCCUCCCGCAAAACUGCCGGCCGUCGUGCAACGACAAAGAAGCGCGCGCAGCGCGCCACAUCCAAUGUUUUCGCAAUGUUCGAUCAGGCCCAAAUCGCGGAAUUCAAAGAAGCUUUUAACAUGAUCGACCAGAAUCACGACGGUUUCAUCGAUAAGGAAGAUCUCCAUGAUAUGCUUGCUUCUCUAGGAAAAAAUCCAACCGAAGAUUACCUCGAAGGCAUGAUGAACGAAGCUCCAGGGCCAAUCAACUUCACGAUGUUCUUGACGUUGUUCGGAGAGAGGCUUCAAGGCACCGAUCCGGAAGACGUUAUUAAAAAUGCGUUCGGUUGUUUCGACGAAGAGAAUUCCGGUCAUAUAAACGAGGAACGUCUCCGCGAGUUGCUCACAACGAUGGGGGACAGAUUUACGGACGACGACGUGGACGAGAUGUAUCGCGAAGCUCCCAUAAAGGGAUCGAUGUUCGACUACAUCGAGUUCACGCGAAUCUUAAAACACGGAGCUAAAGACAAGGACGAGCAGUGAGCGAACCGUGGAGCCAUCUGUACUUUGUAUUUGUGUGAUCGAUCGCGCAUAAGCGCACGUUUAUACUAUGGUUGCAAUUGUAAAGUUUGAAAUAUUACUUGUAUUUUGUACAUCCUCUAUUAAUGAGAAUAACCGAAAAUCUAGAGUUUAUAUUAUUUUUCGAAAGAGCCAGCCUUAUCACUGGAGCACGUGCUGAAAAUAUGUAGACUCGAGAGAACGUAUAAAAAAACGUUCAUCGUAUUUAUUUUCCAAGGAUAAAAAGCUAGAGAACGAAACUCUGAAUCUGUCUUGCCAUAAGCCGCGCGGUCGCUGCCGUGUUUAACGAAACUGAUGUAUGUAAUAUAUUAUAUGCUACAUGAAUUUGUAGCCGUUGAAAAGUUGGCAUUUAUAUUUUAAUAUAAUAUUGUACACCAAAA